CGACAGUUGUACCUUCGCAGGCGUAGCCAGUUAGCUCGGUGCAAAUGCCCGAGCGUUAAUUCAACGGUGACAGAUACAGAUACGCAUGUUGAGGCCACCGACCCCACCCUGCGUUCAGAAUACUUGUCUCUGAGGAACACGUUACUGGCGCUAAAGUAUGGCAGUCCAGUGCCCUCGCAGCCGUCAGUCUCAGACCCGCCCGAUGCUGCGUCCUCUUUUAAUGUCCUUUUGGGCAAAUGUCAGCGGGAUGACCCACGUUUCCGGGCUCGACGUUUGGACUCCUUCUCGGCCUCGUCGGUUUCUUCUCUUUCUCAGCGUCGUUUGGCAUACGUUCGAAAGAGUGAUCCGGACGACUCCCUGAGCAGCGGAUACGCCUUUUCAGGCAUAGAGACCAUUUUCGAUCACCACAAGGGGUAG